AUGGGUCUCCAAGGCAACGCGCAGCCCGGUGCCCCUAAGGAAAGCCGAGGACCGCGUCGCCCCUCAACCAGAGGCGGCGGCCGUCACCUGCCAAGCGAGGCCGUGCCGAGGGGCACAGGGUCCCGGCCUCGGAGAGGAGCGGGCGGGGGCCGCACGCGCUGUCGAGAACGGGCCCCGGCGGUCUGCGGCGCGCGGCCCCCUCGGCACGGCCCGUGCAGCCCCGGGGCCGGCGGCGCCCGCACCUGCCCCGCGCCCCGCGGCAGCAGCGCUGCCGGGCGGCUUCACCCACCUGGCGCCUCGCGCGCGUCACCGCGCCACCGACCCCCCGCGCGCUCCUCGGCACCCGCGCCGGGGAAGACCCUGCCGUGCCGCCGCCGCCGCCGCCGCCGCCACCGCCGGGUCAGUCGUCAGGUCGGCCGCAGCGAACCUGUUGCGCAGCCUGUCACGGCCGCUGUGCUCCGCCGGCGCCGCCUCAGCCCCACAACAACAUGGCGGCCGCGGCCUCCGCAGGAAGCCGGGGGGCGGGGAGGCGAGCGACGGGCGGGCAGUGACGGUCCGCCUGCUUGCUUGCCCGGCCGGCCGUGGGGCACCGACUCCCCACCGCGGGGGAGCGCGACACUGCGUGACGUGCCUGCUCACCUCGGGAACCGUGGAGCCCUGGACCGCGAGGGCGUGGGCCGAAGCGCUUCGCUUCCCGCGAUGUCCCGAAGCCUCCGAGCUGACAGCCUUUCCAGGAGCUGCCACGACCCACCUGGCUCCUCCUCUACGAGGACACUCAAUGUUUACCAAGAAUGCCAACGCCUGAAGAAGUCAGUGCUCCAGAUCCACCCAGAAUUCUCAGCAUCCUUCGUCCUUAGGUAUUCAUGAUUCAGGGGCUGAAUUAUGCGGGCCCAUAUUCCUACAUUGUCUGGUGGUCAGAGAAUUCUGAGCGACCUACAGGACGCAAUGCAAUUGACACCUGCCACACAGAAGAUGGUCGCCUGGCUUUUGAUAGGAAAACAACUUGAUGCCAUGCUAAACAGUGAUCAGGAUAGGCUAAUGUCAUUCUGCUCCUUCUAUUGUAAGUUAGGAAAUCACCUGUGGAAGAGAUUUUUUUUCAGUACAUGACAAAAUGGGCACAGGUAUAGACGUGACCUAAAUCAUCCCAUCCCACACACAUACCUAGGAAACAGAAUGUUAAUGAACUCCCCCUCAGUUUACAUUUGAUAUAAAAGAUGUUUGGAGAAUAAAUGGGGGGUGAUGUGAAUUCAGGAUUUUAUGAAGGAUCACUGAAACUCCUCUGAUACUGUCAUGUGAAUUGUGCUUCACUAAUUCCCACACCUCCACUCUGAUAUGAGAAAUGAUUUAUGCCAAGGCUGGUCCCUGACACUCUCUUUCCACCCCAACCCCCACCCUCUGCCUCAUGGUUGUGGAUUGAGAUGUGAAUCCUGCACCAAUGCCAUGCCUGCCUGCCUGCCGCCGCCAUGUUCCCUAACACGAUGGUCUAGAACCCGCUGGAAUCAUGAGUCCCAAAUUAAAUGCUUUCUGAAUUAAAUGCUUUUUCUAAAUUGCCUCUGUCACUGUGAUAAACAAGCAACUAAGGCAUAGGGUCUCUUUGUGAGUCCCCACCAAAUAAAAAAAAAAAAAGCUCCAUUAUACUAAAUUCUGAGCUAGUGUGGGACUACUUUAUUCAUGUUCCCCUACAACUUUGUAGACCACACUGGCCUUGAACUCUCAAAGAUUUUCCUGCCUCCUUCUUCCAAGUGCUGGGAUUAGAGGUGUGUGCCACCCUGCCCUGCUCAUUUUUAUCUCUUGAUGCAUUCUUCCAGAAUUAGUUUUCAUACUCAAUCAAAUCUGAGUAAAUGUUACCUUCUCCCUUACCUCAUCAAUGGGGCACCUUACUCUUCAUUGAUGAGCUCUUUCUCUCUCUCUCUGUCAUUUGUUUGUGUGUAUGCAUGUGUGUUCUCAUGUGUGAGUGUGCACACAUGUGCACACACAUACAUGUGUAUGUGGAAACAGGAAGUUAAUGUGGACUGUCUUCUUCACUUGCUCAACACUUUUAGUUCUGAAGCCUCCCCCGUGUCUGCCUCUUGAUUCUUAGAUUCUAGGUGGCUGCCACACCUGCCCUGCUUUUACCUGGGUUCUGGGGAGCCAAAGUUUGGUCCUCACUUGCAUUGCAAGUGGUUUUCCUAUUGAGCCAUUUCCCCAGGUCCACUGAAGGAGGCACAGGCUUGCUCCCAUCUCCAUGCCUGCAGAGCUUCCUCUUUCCUUUUGACAGCCUCUAAGGAUGUCACAGUUUCAUAAUACGUGGUUUCAACAACAUCCUACUGUAUGUAUUUGAUUGGCUCCAAACUUUGGCCAUUAUAAACAAUGCUAUCAUAAACAUGUACAUAAGUCAACCUGACUUUGGGUAUGUUAUCGUUUUUAUUUAUUUUCCCUUCUGUGCUGAGGUGGAACCUCAGGCCUCCU